AUGCUGGUUAUAGGGCGCUCAAAGCUAGCAUGGGAUUUUGCAGUAACGGUACAUGUGAUAAAUUUGAUGUUUGCCUGGUUAUACGAAGGGUUCCCAAAAUCGAUUCCGUGGUGGUGUUUACAAGUUACCAGUGCAUGCAUAAUGGUUGGUUUAGGUACAUAUAGUACGCGCUGGAAAGAACUUAGGGAUACAUUCUUUGAAGGGUUGAUUGAUCCAGAAUUGGGUCAGGCGGAUAAUAUGGUUGUGAGUGCAAAUGAUGAUGCAGAUACAGAUGAUAAUUCGCAUUCGAAGAGCAAAAAGCCACCUUCUAGUGGUAAACAAGCAGAACAAGAGGUCAUUCCAAUGCACAGCAUGAAAUAG